AUGUCCACGAGGAAAUCUGAUGAGCAUGAUGCAAGCAGAAGAUUGAAAUCAGAGUUUUUAGUCCAGUUUGAUGGAGUGACGUCAAAUUCUGAUGAUAUGGUGACCGUCAUCGGUGCAACUAAUAAACCACAAGAAUUGGAUGAUGCAGUUCUUAGGAGAUUGGUGAAGAGAAUUUACAUCCCUUUACCAGAUGCUAACUCUAGAAGACUUCUGCUGAAACACAAACUCAAGGGCCAAGCAUAUUCCUUGCCUGGUGGAGAUCUGGAGAGACUUGUUGAAGAGACAGAUGGGUAUUCUGGAAGCGACCUGCAAGCCUUGUGCGAGGAAGCGGCAAUGAUGCCAAUCAGAGAGCUUGGUGCAAACAUUCUCACUAUCAAGGCAAAUCAGCUUCCUUCUCUCCCCCUUUUUUCGCUUGAUGAUACUGUCUUGAAGCAAUUUAGCCAUGAAGCAGGGUUUGCUGAAACCAUGUCGAGAUCUAUUCUUGAUAUUGACAUAUGUCACCGGAAGAUUCACCCUGACGAACAAGGGAUUUUCUUAUUAAUUCUUCAAGCAUCAAAUGCUUUAGGAUUAACUCUCGAGUUUCUGUUCACCAUGGGGCUCAGUAAGGCGGCUAAGAUAUGGAGACUUCCAGAAGGCAAUGACUGUCAUUCGGCGGAGUCUACAAAAAACCAAGUGGGAAGAGCUUGA